AUGUGUCCUCCACCCAACCUUCUCCAUCCCAUCCCUGGCAUGUCUGGGCAGACAAGACAGAAAGAAACAGAUGCAGGACAGAAACUAUUGCAAGAAUUCCUGGAGAGGAAUUGUCCUGAUGGGUCCACUGAAGCCAACAGAAAGAAGAAAACUAAGAAGGGAGGUAACCUCAAGGCAAACAUCACUGGGGAUCAGAAAUCAACCAAGGGUAUGACCAAAGACACUGACCCUGAGCUUCCUGCUGUGUCCUUCCCUGCCAGUGUCCUUUCCAUAGACACUGGAAUAAGUAACAACAUGUCGGAAGUCCUCCUCCUUCAAUUCUCUAGGGAAUCUCCAUCUCGACAUAACCAACAAAAGGCAAUAGAGGAACGGGCAGAGCUGGAGAGAGAGCUACAGAGCAUGAAGGAUUUAGUGACAGCAUUAAGAUUGGAGAGAGAUAGCAUUGCAGAGAAGCUGAGGGUGGAGAGCUCCAUGUGGAAUGUCCAACAGUUCUUGGAGAAGAUGAGCCAACUGAGAGAGGACAAAGGCCAAGGGACAAACCUGCUAGAACUGAGAAAGCAGCUGGCAGAGCUGCUGCCCCCUCUGCUCCCCAUGCAGAAGAAGCUCGAGAACCUGGAAGAGCAACUUUACAUCCAGGUACGGGAAAACCAGAGCCUCCAUCUCCAGAAUCUGGAGCAGCAGGAGCGGCUGUGGUUUCUGGAGCAGCAGGCCAAGGUGUGGAAUCAACAUGCCUGGGAUCAACACAGGAUCCUUGAGACAAUGGAAAGAGACCAUGAGACCACAAGAUGUACUUUAUUGCACAACCGAGAGCUGAAAGAUCAGCUGGCUCAGCUGCAGGACGCCUUCCACAGGCUGAGCGGUGAGAAGGAGGAACUCACCAGUGUGUUGCGCUCAGAGCAGCAGGUGAAGAAACAUCUGCAGGAGAAGCUGGGCCAGCUAGAGAAGAAGUUAGGAGACUUGGAAGAGAUGGCUGAGUCAAAGAGCCAAGCAGCUCAGAAUCUGCAGGAACAGCAUGACCAGUCCCUAGCCCAGCUGCAGGAGCUCAGAGCCACCUGUGAACAGCACAUGGCCUCCAUUGAGCAGCUGAUCUCAGAGAAGGAGGCCCUGCAGCAGUACCUGCUGAAUCAGACCCAGCUGCUGGAGCAGCUGAAGCAGGAGCAGGUGAAGAGCCACAGGGUCUGUCGAAAGUUACAGAACACUCUGAAAAGUCUGAAAGUCACCAGACAUCAGAAUGAGCAGCUGAGGGCCCAGCUGAGCUUCCUGGCUUUCCCUAGGGAAGGCAAAGGAGUGGACAAAGCAGAGAAGGGUGAGGAGGUGACUCCACCUGAUGUGACUGUCCCCGAGGACGUAGACAACCCACAAACCAUGUGGGAUUUUUACCUUGACGCGAUGCAUGUUGCUGAAUCAAAGAAGGAGAGGCUCAGCCGGCAGCUGCGGGAGCAGCAGGCCCGCUGCAGUUGCCUGGCUAACCUGGCAGCCCAGUGCCAGAUAAAGCUGGAGCGCCAGACCCGCUUCCCAGAGAGCCGGAACCACAACGUUGCUGGGGAGAGAAAGCAGGACACGCAGGCACCCAAGAAAAAGCUGAAAAUCUGCUUCACCCACAACCUGCCCCGCGAGGUGGACUAUCAGAAGCAAUCGGAUGAACUCCAACAUGGAUGCAGCCAGCUGUCAGAACACAUGAUCGCCAUUGCAGAGGCCACUGUAUUCUCUGAUGGACAGAUGGCGAACCUGGAUGAGCUGGCCCAGGAGAAGCAGGAAAAGAAGGAAGAGCUGCAGGAGCUGCUGUGGCGCCUUGCAGGUGAGGGCGCAGGGCACCAAGGCCAGAUCCGGGCAGCCAUGCAGACCCCUGCUGCUGAGGCCGCCUCAGACGUCCCAGGCCCCACCAACAUGGAAGUUUUGGAGGAGCGGCAAGCCUUUGGAGAUGUGAAGUUUGAAGACAACCUAGAGGCAGCCCAGAGAGAGGCUGUGGUGCCUUGGCCCCUCAAGGACCGCUCUACAGAUCAGCUCGCGCUGGCGCAGCCUAAUACCCAGCACCUGCUAGAGCUUGCAGGCUUGGACGACCACCCCUGCUUCCCAUUGUUCUACAGGACGGAUGGGAAUGACGUGUUAGAGAUAAUUAUUGCCUAA